UUUAAUCUGCUUGUCUGCUAAUUGGUGGAGCUGUGUUCCCUCUUUUUCAGUCCUUUGGCCUGAGGCUACCCAGCGCUGGAGCUUACAGGCUCUUUGGUGGGGCUAAUGGUGGACUCUGGGAGGGUUCAUGCCAAUGAGCACUUCCCAGAACCCCUGCUGCCAGUGCCCCUGUCUCUUCGGUGAGCCACAGCUGCCCCCCACCUCUGCAGGCAACCCUCCAACACCAGCAGGAAAAAGGAACAUUCUACAGGUGGAGCUUGUGAACAACACCCUUUUUAAAAGCCAGAUUCUCCACCCUUACCUGACCACUUCAGCACCAGCAUCCUACCCAGAAAAGAAGCAAUUAGCCAAAAUGAUGCCUGGAGGCUUAACUGAAGAAAAAGAUGCCACUCCAGAAGUCCAGGAGAUUGCUAACAAGCCAACAUGUAAUUAAAGUCUGAGGUUGUUAACAAUUGAUGAGCUAGACUUCAAAUGCACUACAGGAAAAAAAAAUUUUAAUGGAUUGAAUGAAGAACAAUAUUGUAAAGAUGACCCACUUACAACUUCCUACGAAUUUGACUCAGUGGACAAUGUUUUCAUAUUUGGAAGAUGAUUAAACUAGUAGAGAAGUGGCAUAGUCUACGGUGAUUCCAAAACUGAUUAUGGUGAAAAUAAACUCAAUGUGUUUAGCAGGUUAAUAUAUUUUUCUAGUGUUGUCUGAUUAGCUAUCACCUAUAUAAUAAAAAUGUAUUGUGUUGCAUAUUUUAUGAAAAGAAAAAAUGUAUAAAUUAUUAUUUUAGGUU